ACCCUGAUCCGUCUCCAACAUCAACCUCACCAAUAUUGUGUUUGGAUGCGAAUAUAGGACACAUUUGCAGAAGAAUCGUAUUUAAGAGAGAGGUUCGAGGUCUGGUAAUGGGAUAGUGAGUGAUGCAACGUCACGUUGAACCCGUUAAUAAUACUAUAAAUUGAAGUCGCAGCGUUCUGAUCUCCAUCUCCAUCUCCGUCUCUCUCAUGCAUAUGCAUACUCCUCAACUCGGAUUCGAAGAUGAUAAAUGGGGAGGGGAUUUGUGAGGAAUCCACCCAAAUCGCCUCUCCUGAUCUAGUUGAAGGGUUUCUGCCCUGGCAAGGUGAGAAAUCGGACGGCGAGACGUCGCCUGUUUCGUCACAAUACUCUUCGUGUGGAGAAUCCGAGUUUGAGAGAUAUUGCAGUGCAAAUUCAGUCAUGGGGACGCCUAGUAUGUGUAGUUCCAUAGGAACUUUUCAGGAAUGUCUUGAUUCUGAGUUUGGGUCUGGGAGGAGUUUCGUGCUUGAUAGUGGUUCGGAGAAUUUUAGUUUGACGGGGAGAUUUGAUAGGAAACUUGAGGACAGGGGACUUUCCUCUUCAGGUGAAUUGGUUUGUUCAGAAUCUCUUGAUAGAAACAACAAUCUAGAGCUGAGAAAUGAUGAACAAUCGGGACAAGGAUCGGCAGGGAUAAAGAAUGGGUUGAAUUUUUAUGGUGACGAUGACAUGGAGAGUUUUUCAUUGCAUGCAGUCAAUCUCAAUCAUGCCGAUGGUGAUAGUGUGAUGCCGUUUAUGGUUGGGCGUGGGACGGAGUUACCAUUGGUUGCAGAUUUAAGUACUGCUUUGGAUGAGGGACUUCGUGAUGAAGCUGGUGUUAUGCCACGUAGAAAACAGAGUGAGUCACAACGACUGCAAAGUUCUUCUGUAAGUCUGUCUACUCAAGAGAAUACCAAUGUAGAUGCUACUGAGGCAAAUAUGCUGAGUUUUGGGGUUACUAAUGAUUCCCAUUCUUCAGCAGGGGUGGAGGAGGAAGCCCAGUCUCAGAUGGUUACUGAACACAUUGAUAGUUACUUAUAUGGUCUAAAGUCACAUUCUGGUAUGGAAAAUGACCGCACAGAGUAUGGAAGAUGCUCGGACGAAGACAAUACCUCAUCCAGACAUGUCCAUUCAGAAGGUGAGGACUCAAUGUUUGGCUGUGGUACAGAUGAUGAGCAGAAGAUUCAUUCAUAUCAUUGGGAGAACAUGCCAUCCCAUAAGGAAGCAAAACGAGAGACCAAAAAUUCACUGCUCAUGAACUCAUCUGUAGCCUUUGGUUCAGAUGAUUGGGAUGAUUUUCUGCAAGAAACGGGGAAUACUGAUAUGGCUUCAAUAAUGUUGGAUAAAUUUCAGGAGAAGGAACAUCUGAAUAUUCAAACUGGUGGAAAUCUCUCAAAUUCCACUUCUAAGACUGAUGUUGGAUUUUCAGAUGGUGCACCAGAGCAAGGAGAAGUUAUGAGAGACAUAUCUGUAGCCAGCAAUCAAGUCCAAGGUGCUGAUGGAUUGUCAGAGUGCAUAAAAAUUGUUUCUUUGACCCCAAUGGAUUUUCCGAAUUUGGGUGAAACAGAGCAAGGAGAAGAUGUGAAAGACAUUAUUUCUACUAGCAAUAAAACUGAAGGUGUUGAUAAAUCCGUAGAGUAUCUUAAAACAUGUUCUGUUAACGGUAUUUUAGAAACAGAGCAAGAUCCGUUAUCACAACAGGCUCCUUUAGAGAAAGGUUUGAAUCUUAUGGACAGUGGUUUGGAAAGGGGCCGUCCACUUAAAAGUAUUGAGGAACUCACCAGAGUUGAUGACAGUCGAGUUUCAGAAAGUCAAGAGUCAGAGAAACCAAAAUCACAGUUGGACCGUCUUUCUGAUAUUAAAGCCAGUCAACUUUAUGCCGCUUCAGUUGAAGCAACUGAAGAUAAAAUGAUUGAUUUUCUGAAGGAUCCAUAUUCAUUGCCGUCAAUGGUUGGGAAUAACAUAAAGGGAACACUAAACAAUUCUCCUGCUUCAUUCAAUCUCUUUGAAGACCAUUCUAAGACACAGAAUUUUGAGCAAAAUGAAUUCUAUGAUGAGGUUGUCCAUGAGAUGGAAGAAAUAUUACUUGAUUCUGGGGAGUCUCAUGGGGCUAGUUUCACCCAUGGGAAUAGGAUAUAUCAAUCCCCAAGAGUUCUGCCAUAUAGAGAUGGUGGGUCAACUGCUUCUACUUCUGGCUCGGAUGAUGCUUACCCACCCAUCCAGCGUCCUCUGAGAAUUGAUGGGGUUGAAGUAGUUGGUGCGAAGCAGAAGAGUGGAGAUGUCUCACUUGGCGAAAGACUUGUUGGAGUGAAGGAAUACACUGUUUAUAAAAUAAGAGUAUGGAGUGGAAAGGAUCAUUGGGAGGUUGACCGGAGAUAUCGUGAUUUUUGUACUCUCUAUCGUCGGUUGAAAACAUUAUUUGCUGAUCAAGGCUGGAUUCUUCCUUCUCCAUGGUCUUCUGUUGAACGGGAAUCCAGAAAGAUUUUCGGGAAUGUUUCUCCUGAUGUUGUUGCGGAGAGAAGUUCUCUUAUUCAAGAGUGUUUACAAUCCAUUAUCCACUCCGGGUUUUCAUCCAGUCCCCCAACUGCUCUGAUUUGGUUCUUAUCCCAACCAAAAGCUCCUCCUGGCUCACCUGCAUCAAAUACAGACCAUCCCCAGUCUCCCUUUUCUGUCAGAGGGACAGAUACAGACAAUGUCUCUACAUUGGGGAAAACCAUAUCACUUAUUGUUGAAAUCCAUCCCCACAAAUCUACUAAACAGAUUCUAGAAGCACAACACUAUACUUGUGCGGGAUGCCGCAAACAUUUUGAUGAUGGGAAAACCCGAAUGCUGGAAUUUGUACAGACACUAGGGUGGGGUAAGCCUCGUCUUUGUGAAUAUACCGGUCAAUUGUUUUGUUCUUCUUGCCAUACAAAUGAAACUGCAAUCUUGCCAGCAAGAGUUUUGCAUCACUGGGAUUUUACUCCGUACCUGGUUUCUCAACUGGCUAAAUCGUAUCUGGAUUCUAUUCAUGAUCAGCCCAUGCUUUGUGUCACUGCCGUUAAUCCUUUCCUAUUCUCAAAAGUCCCGGCGCUGCUACAUAUUACGGGUGUCAGAAAAAGAAUAGGAAUUAUGCUUCCAUUUGUUCAUUGCCCAUUCCGUAGGUCCAUUUACAGAGGACUUGGGUCUCGGAGAUAUAUUCUUGAAAGCAACGACUUUUUUGCACUUAGAGACCUCAUUGAUCUUUCUAAAGGGGCAUUUGCAGCUUUACCGGUGAUGGUAGAAACUGUUUCAAGGAAAAUCCAGGAACACAUAACGGAACAAUGCCUCGUAUGCUGUGACGUGGGUGUUCCUUGUAAUGCACGGCAAGCCUGUGAUGACCCAUCUUCUCUCAUUUUCCCUUUUCAGGAAUUAGGAGAAAUUGAAAAGUGUGGAUCGUGUGAAUCGGUUUUCCACAAGCGUUGCUUCAAAAAGAUCAGUAGUUGUCCUUGCGGAGCGCUUCUUAGGCUCAAUGAGGCCAAGAGGGAUAAGGCAAGCCACAGGAAUGGCAACGAGGUCGACGGGACUUUGGAGACUCUGGCGAGAAGUGAUUCCAGAUCUUCUUUGGGAUUUCUCUCUGGACUGUUCUCAAAGGCAAGGCAAGAAAAGGUUUUGGGACACAAGGACAGUGAUACAGUCAUUUUAAUGGGUUCUUUACCAAGCAACUCCCUCUGAUCAAGUUGUAAUUGUGGAGUUACUUUGUAUAUAUAGAUUUAAAAGCAUUAAAUAUGAGAAGUGAUUUCUUUUGCCCUUUGGACAGUCGGUAGAAAAAUCAGACCUGGCAUUGUUGUUGUAAACCAUUCUUCGAGACGAGACAUAUUUUUUUUUUUUUUCAGUUUGUAUUCUUUGUAAUGCAACUUCAGAAGAGAAGUAUUUUUUCGUAUUCUUUUUCCA